ACAAGAAACGUCGAAAAUGAAGAAAAUAAACAAAACAUGUAGUAGUGGUAUAGCAGGAAAGAGUUGUUAUUGCUAUGGAACAAGUCAAGAUCCGCAGUCAUCAGCAAACAAAACUACCAUCUAGAAAUAUUGUUAUGUUUGUUCAGUAAAAUCGAUUGUGCAAAGUGGGGGCUCUCAGUUAAGUGAAUGCAUCCGUCUCGAUCGGUUCAGGCCCGCGGAAACUGCAUCUUCUUUGUAUAUCUUGAAUGGUUUAUGUACACAAAUUCUGGUUUGAAGCAAUUGGUUUUGUUUGUUGGGCUGAAAGAUAUUUGUUCUCCUGCACAGUUGGUGAAACACGCUAGAUUGAUUAUGCUGCGGAUGAACUCGGAGGUGUAUCGAUUUUAAUAGAAAGUGAAAGUGAUUUAUCUUGUGCUACGCAUGGGAGCCUCGUUAAAAUUGCCUGUGAGAUAAAAUAGAAAAUAUGUUGCCAUAAAAUUCGUCGUCGUUAUAUUUUGUAAAAAAUAAUAUUCAUAAAUAAGUAAUAAGUGGUUGAAUGAAUUGCUUGGUGUUCAGGUGCAAUUGUGCUUAAAAAUAGAAUUAAUAGCAAAAUGGAUGAUCCGAAGAAGGAAAGCAGAAUAACGUCUUGGCCAGUUCAUUCGACAUAUCAGUCGCGUGUCGUAUUACUAUGCUUGUUUCUACUAUUAUCAGUGAAAGGUGUGCGUCCCGUACAUACUUAUCAGGAUGAACAACAGGCACAUGAACCUAGGCAUUGUAAUCAUCAACACCCAAAGGCCCACGAGAUUAUGCACGGAGUACAACUGGAACCAUUACACGUCAUACGAAAGCGAAGCAUCAAUCAGCCACUCCGGAUACUAUUAGUCUACGACGAGUCAGUAUAUCGCCUUAAAAGCGAUAAGUUUGCUCUUAUUAAUAACACAAUUCUUCCGGAAGCCGUCCGAUUCUGGGAACAGGCGCUUAUGGUGCGCCAAACGAAAGAGGUGAUAAGACUGAAUCGCAAGUGUGAAAGUAGCCAAGUGUUUGUGAAAAAUUCACUCACGUACUGCAUCGAUUCUUGUAAACCUGUAACGCUCUGCGGCGAAGUGCAAGUACCUGAAGAUCACCUGGAUGUGUGUCGUGUUUGCAAUUCAACUGGACAAGACUGUCGUGAAGACGUAAAUACUGUGGCAGGAUCGGGAAUUUCUAAUGCAGAUUUCGUAUUCUACGUAUCCGCGCGGCAGUCGGAGCGCUGCCAUAAGGGAUUAACGGUAGCAUACGCGGCACAUUGCCAACAGGAAGCUGCUUUAGAUCGACCCAUUGCAGGUCACGCUAAUCUUUGCCCCGAGAGCAUAAGCACAAAACCUCAAGAGCUACAGACUCUUCUGUCUACCGUGAAGCAUGAAAUUCUGCAUGCGCUAGGAUUUUCGGUAAGUUUGUACGCAUUCUUCCGGGACGAUGAAGGAAAUCCCAGAACUCCACGGAAACCAGACACAGGAAAACCAUAUCUGAACGAGAAGCUACAAAUACAUCAAUGGAGCGAUCAAACUAUUAGAAAAGUGGUUAGAGAUCACUGGGCCAUUCGGGGAGGUUACAUAAAUAGAACUAUUGAUAUGCUAGUAACUCCGAGAGUAGUCACUGAGAUCAGAGAUCACUUUAGCUGUCAAAAAUUAGAAGGCGCAGAGCUUGAAGACCAGGGAGGAGAAGGUACUGCUUUAACACAUUGGGAGAAACGAGUGUUGGAGAAUGAGGCAAUGACAGGCACGCACACACAAAGUUCAGCGUUCUCACGGAUUACACUAGCACUAAUGGAAGACUCGGGAUGGUAUAAGGCCAAUUACAGUAUGGCUUCACCGCUGACUUGGGGUCGUGGAUUAGGUUGUAAUUUUGCGAUGAAGAGUUGUAAAGAUUGGAUAACGGCCAACAAUGCAAGAGGCCGUUCAAUUCACCCAUUUUGUGCAAAGGUUAAGCGAGAUCCUCUACAGACGGAGUGUACCGAUGAUCGUAGUUCGGUGGCCUUGUGCAAUUUGAUUCGACACGAAAGCCCUCUUCCGCGACAGUAUCAGAAUUUUGACUCCCUGGCCCAUGUGCCCACAGGCGAAGAAGCAUAUUACGGAGGAUCUGUUUCAUUGGCCGACCAUUGCCCGUAUAUCCAGGAGUUUACCUGGAGAAGUAGAAACAUUGUUGUGCGCGGCUCGCAAUGCCAAUUUGAGGAUAACAACCCUAAAUCAGAGAAAAAUUUCGCUUUGGAAUCAUAUGGAUCAGAAUCGAAAUGUUUCGAUCACAGUGAGCACAUGUGGGAGGAGCGAUCCUGUCGACAAACACGUGAAUGGCAACAUUGGGGGUCGGGAUGUUAUAACUAUAAAUGCGACCAUGGGCGGUUACAUAUAAUCGUAGCAAAUUAUUCGUAUGAAUGCUUUUUUGCUGGGCAAGAAUUAAGCAUUCGACUUAUGGCUGGCGGCUGGUUGCAUAAUGGUGCUAUCAUAUGCCCCUCUUGUAAAGAGAUAUGCAAUGCGGAAUUCGAGCAGAGAGGAGAAAGAUGUAAGCCUAGUGAGGAUGCACCACCAUCCAAUUAUUAUCCGAAGCACGAACUCAAAUGUAGUGCUUCAAGUUCGGCGAAAACAAAACAUUGGUUGUAUGGGUUGCUGCUGCCAACUAUAGCGUUGCAAAUCAUAAAUUGUUCUAGACGGUAAUUUAUGUUUGAGUACACAAAAGCUGCCUGAAAUAUCGUACUAUUCUUGUUUGUUUAUGUAAGCCUAAUGUCAUGUGAUAAAGUUUAUCUAUGUUUAUUUUUCGUUUGUAUUUGUUGUUUGCACAACAGAAUGUUUUAUUAAGCUGUAAUAAUUGAUAGUCACAGGUUGUAAAUAUGCGUAAUUGUAAAUAUUAUCCAGACAUAGUAUGAAUUAAUGAACAAACUUUUGUACAUAGUUAGAUACCCUUAAUGACAUCAACAGCAAACGAAGGAUCCUACAAGAUUGAUCUCAUUGUUUGCGGAUAAACGUCUGAUCGAGAUUUUAUGUAGCCCAGAGAAUUAUAGAUUCUAAGUAAAAUGGUAACUGCAGUACACACUACUAAGUCAUGUAUACACAGAAAUCACCGGAAAUCGAAAGAUUCACUAUACUAUCGCAUCUGUGUAGCCUUUCUGAAAUAGUCAAGGGAUGAAAUUAAAAGGUGACUAGGUAAUGGAUCGACGUAGAACUGCCAAAGUUUUGUUGAACGAAUGUGUAUAUAAAUAAAUUAGAAAAGAAGAUUUCCAUAACAAUUAUGAA